CUAUACUAUACUAUACCCUCUCUCUCUCUCCCCCUCUCUCUCACUUCCUAUCUCUACAUUUUCUCUCUCUGUAUCUAUAUAUAGUCCCAUCAUCCUUUUACUGUACCGCAAAAAGAAAAAGUCUGAGAACCUGACACAGCUCCUUGCUGCAAAGCUCAGCCAUUUUUUUUUUUUUUUUUUUCUUCCAUCCCUUGUUUCCGUUUUGCUUUCUCAGAUCCAAACACUUGUAGCGGGAAUCAGAAAGAAAAACCCAGAAAAAAUCAGAGUAAGGAGAAAGCGAGAGUUUUGUUGGGUUGUUGUUUUUGUGAGGAGACGAGUAGGGGGAGAGAGAGAGAGAGAGAGAGAUAAUCGUCUUUCGGUUUCAUUUUCUAGAGAGAGAAACAGAGAAGGAAAAAAUGGGUGAGAAAGAUGACGGGUUGGGUUUGGCGUUGAGCUUGAGCUUGGGAUGUGGAAGAACUCAGCCUUCUCCGAAUAAACACAAUCCUUCACCUCCCAUGCAAAAUCAUAAGACUUCAUGGAGCGAAAUCUUUCAAUUUUCUGAUCGAAACUCGGAUACGAGGUCGUUUCUUAGGGGACUAGACGUGAACCGGACACCAUCGGUGGUGGCCGAUUUCGAGGAAGAAAAUGGGGUUUCGUCGCCGAAUAGCACCAUAUCGAGUGCAAGUGGGAAGAGAAGCGAAAGAGAGCCAAUUGGGGAGGAGACAGAAGGGGAAAGGGCUUCAUGCUCGCGUGAAAGCGAUGACGAAGACGGCAAUGGAGGCGAUAUGUCCAGGAAGAAGCUCAGGCUAUCAAAGGAGCAAUCUAUGGUGCUUGAGGAAACCUUCAAGGAGCACAACACUCUCAACCCGAAACAAAAGGUGGCUUUGGCAAAGCAAUUGAACCUGAGGGCGAGGCAAGUGGAGGUGUGGUUCCAGAACAGGAGGGCAAGGACCAAGCUGAAGCAAACGGAGGUGGACUGUGAGUAUCUAAGAAGGUGCUGUGAGAAUCUAACAGAGGAAAACAGGAGAUUGCAGAAGGAGGUCCAGGAGCUUAGAGCCCUCAAACUUUCACCUCAGAUGUACAUGCACAUGAGCCCUCCCACAACCCUCACAAUGUGCCCUUCAUGCGAGCGAGUGGCUGUCUCAUCCUCAUCAUCCUCUACUGCUGUUGCUCCUCCUUCCUCAACCUUUGGUCCAACGGGACCUAACCGGCAGCCAGCUGUCCCCGGUGUCCAACGACCCGUGCCGAUGAACCCUUGGGCCACAUUGCAAAUGCAACAUCGACAGACUGAUGCUUCAUCAUCCCGAUCCUAAUUUAUGGCUAGAAGUGGGUAAAUUGACAAAAAUGUGGUAAAACUAAGGUUGUGGUAAAACUAAGGUUUUCCACAGGGAAAGAUCAUUUUGGUUGUUUAGAAGAAACUCGGUGAAAAAUGCAGGGGAACGUGGAGAAUUGAUGCAAGAUAUAUAUGAUAACGGUGGGUAAUUUAUUCGUAGGAUAUGAUCUCUUUGUGUAGGGUACUCAAGUAAAAAUGGUGGUUGUAUUUACUAAUGGGGCUAAUUUCGAUGAUAAUAGAAAUUUGAUUUCUUUUUUUGUUUA